AUGUCAGACAACAUCCCAUUUGAAGUCCAAACCGAAAUCAUCCAAAGAAUUCCAGAUACAAAAUCAUUGAUUCGGUACAGAUCGGUCUCAAAAGCAUGGAAGUCUGUGAUCGAUAGCAACAAGUUUGUCAAGGCUCAUACCCUACGUCAUCAUCAGGCACACAAUCGUCAUCAUCUACUUAUAAAGACACUCGAUUGCUCAAACUGCAAAGAUUGCACAGGUGAUAUUCCUAUUUCUCAACAUUGUGAUCAUUGCAAUUACACACCUGUUAAAUAUUAUUCCAUUCUUGAUGAUGAUGAUGACGACGUCACUUUCCCACGUCAUCAAAAGGACAUUAGUCGCGUGUUCGUUCCUGAUUUAGUUGACGAAUUUAGUCGUAGAUCGAUAUAUAGGUAUGAUUCCGAAAUACUCGGUAGUUGUCAUGGCUUGUUUUGCUUGUAUGAACCUGAAAAUGAUACUGCUAUUAUUUGGAAUCCCUUUAUUAGAAAAACCUUUGCGAUUCCGGUACUUAACGAAUGCGAACGGUACUAUAUGACUGUUGUCGGUUUCGGCGUUUGUCCUCGGGAUUUUGACCCUAAGCUUGUUAAGAUUACUUAUGUUUAUGAUUUUAGUGAAUUACAAGAUGUUAAUGAUGCUAGCACCCAAGUUGAGGUAUUUGCGUUAAGUUCGGGAGGGACUUGGAGAAGUCCGUUAAGUAACAACCUUCCUCAUAAAUCGAUUCAGUUUGGAUAUUAUAAAGCAGUUGUAGGCAGGUUUAUUUAUUGGGAUGCCGUUGAUAGGAUUAAUAAUACGGACGUUGGAGCAAGUGUAAUCAUGUCAUUUGAUUUGACAAGUGAAGAAUUCACCAAAGUUAACCUCCCUGAUUGUUUAGCUCUCCACAACCCGGAUACUCAUUUUUCGCUAUUUAACCUAAGGGAGUCUCUUGCUGUUCUUGUUUAUAAGCUCAAUAGUGAGUUCGGUCGAGAAGAUUAUAAUGUAUGGAUGAUGAGAGGCCAUGGUUGUACUAGAUCUUUUGAUAAGCUAUACUCCAUUAACGCACCGAUACAUUCAACACUUGGAUUCCGCAAGAGUGGUGCACCCAUAAUUGAAGUGGAUAAUGACAAGGAAGAUUAUUAUAGACAUGAACGUGCACUUGCUAUCUAUGAGCCAAAAUCAGAAAGCAUCAGUUACAUCGGAGUUUAUGGAUUGCGUCGUACCUUUUAUGUCAAUUCUUACAAGGAAACACUACUUUUGCAUGGUCAUUGA